AUGGACGCCGUAAACCUCGCAAUCCAAUUAGUCACCUCACCCGCGGGCUCACCUCCAUACCACAACCAUACAGUCAACGACAGAUAUUCCGGAUGGACUACGGGGGGAGGCACCACUUUCGGCAUUGUCGUUCUCGCCCUCCUCUGCAUUCUCGUCCUCCUAAUUCUAGCAACCGCCCAUGGCGUAGCACGACUCCACGAAUCUGGUUACGACCACCCAUACGUCAGGGCAGUGAUAAGACCCAAGGAACACAAUAAUUACGGCACGGUUGGCGACAUGGAUAAACCUCAAUACAUUGACAUCGAGUCAUCGGUGGACUGGAAGGUGGACGACGACCGCCUCGCCUACUUGGCUAUGGCAGAUUGGGAUGUUGUCUAG